GGGUGUAAAUGAGCACUGACUCCAGUGGAGCAAUACAGAUGUACACCUGCUAGGGCCCUGUCCCUUGGACCCUGGGAUAUGGAGGAAUCCAGACAGUGCUCCCCACCCUUCCCAAGGCCUGGGGUUUGCCUUCAUUUCCUGGGGACUGUACAUCCAACAUCUGGGCCCCUGAGAUGCCUGUGAUCUGGGGAUGGACUGCCCCACCAGCAGCAGAGGUGCAGCAGGUCUCUGGGCUGGAGGCCAUGAGGGAUGCCUCAGUGCAGAGGUCACUGCAAGCCUUGGGGUAUAAUUCAUCCAAGUCCCAACAGCAGGAGGUAAAUAUUAAACACUGAGGGGCUCUGUGGCUUGCACCUUGAGCAGAUUCUCACACCUGGGAGCCCUGAGGAGAGAUUGUUAUUGAUGGCCCUCAACAGGCUGUGAACAGGAUCGGAGCUGAGGGGUCUUUCUUAACAUACACCCCCAGCCAGCAGGUGGGCUGGGACCUUUAUCGGCUGCCUGAGAGGUGAGUGUUCAGCACUCCCAGGAUAUGCCUUUGGCUGGACCAUUUCUAGCCUGUUUCACUCACUGUCACCUUGCCCCCACCUGGCAAAAAGAAGGGGAUGCGCCAUGGAAUGUAGCCAACUGAUCAGAGGAAAAGCCUUUGUACCCCACACCCAAUCAGCCUGCACAACUCAUUGCCACGAGGUAUUGCUGGUGCUUAGCAGGAUUUCUAAUAAGGGCAGUCUUUUGGGAGGAAAACAAGACCAUGCAGAGUUAGGAUACAUGUUCAAGGAAUAAGCUAGGGUUAUGUAAGGACUUUAAACCCUCAUGCUUCGAGGCACAACCCUGCAGCCUCUAACGAGUAGGGGCUAAAAUGACCUUUCUCUGGGGGCUGGUGAUCGCGCAACUGCAGCAUUUCUUGCAUGUGAAACAGCCGGGGCUGGCUAUUGUACGAAUCAAGAUGCUGGGCUAGAUAAGGCAUGGGUUGGAUCCAGUCUGGCAGUUCCUCAGCCCUGUGCCCCCAGGGGAAGAAGGCACAGGAGGGAAUGGUGGAGGGCCAGUCUCUGCCCUCAGUGCCUGGAAACUCCUCCCCAUCCUUGUGGGCUUUUCUUUUUGGUGACCUUGGCAGAUUUGGCUUCCUGCCAGUGGCUUUUGUGUUCCUCUUAUAACCCACUGGCCCCAGCAUCCUGCUGAGGAUUCUGUCCCCAUCUGGAUCGUCCUGAGGUUCUUCCACACCUGCCUGAGCAGAGCAGCCGCAGAAAUGGCAGCCUCUUGUCGUAUCAAGCCCUUGAGCCGUGUGGCGGUGUGUGGAGGCACCCACGGUAAUGAAAUGUCAGGCAUCUACCUGGCCAAGCACUGGCUGCGGGAUCCCAUGGAGCUGCAGCGUGGCAGCUUUACUGUCACGCCCUUCCUGGGCAACCCACGUGCCAUUGAGAAGUGUGUGCGUUACGUGGGACGGGACCUGAACCGCACCUUCACCACCGAGUUCCUCAGCUCCGCAGAGGCAGAGGACGAGCCCUAUGAGGUGGUCCUGGCUCGCGAGAUCAACCAGACCUACGGCCCCAAGGGCUCGGCCCAGGCCUUUGACUUCAUGUUCGACCUGCACAACACCACGGCCAGCAUGGGCAUCUGCCUCAUCGUGGACUCAGAGGAAAGCCUGCUGCCCAUGCACAUGUGCCACUACAUCCAGAUGCACUACACACGGAGCCCCUGUCCCAUCUACCUGUACAAGUUGCCAGGCGAGGAGACUUACUCCAUCGACUCGGUGGCCAAAGCCGGGCUAGCACUGGAGCUGGGGCCACAGCCCCAGCAGGUGGUGAGAGCUGACCUGUUCACUCAGAUGAGAGACCUCAUAGCUUGCGCAUUGGACUUCAUUGAACUCUUUAACAAGGGCACAGUGUUCCCUGCCUUUGAGAUCGAAGCGUACAAGAUCACCGGGCACAUGGACUAUCCCCGCUACCCCGAUGGGGAGAUCUCGGCCAUGGUGCAUCCCAAACUGCAGGAUAAGGAUUUCCUCCCCUUGAACCCCAGGGACCCAAUCUUCCAGACCUUCAGCGGGGAGGAGAUCCUGUACGAGGGCAACACCACCAUCUACCCGGCCUUCAUCAACGAGGCUGCCUACUAUGAGAAGAAGGUGGCCUUUGCCAAGAUGGAGAAGCACACGUUCUCCAUCCCCGGCCUGCAGAGAGAAUGAGCCUGGGGCCAGGUGGGCCAUGGGCUAAGAGGGAAUAAACAGACUGAAUGGA